GCACAAGCCACGUGUAAGAUUCAGAAAAAUCCUCGUCAACAAGGACCGUAAGUAGGAGUACAAGAUACAACUGCGUUUCCUUUCUUUGUCAACUUGAAACCAGUGGCCAAAUAUAUGUCGAUAUAGCUAAUGAAUUUGAAUCGAUUUCAGGCAACCUAAGUAAUCUCUCCUUAAAAACAAAUGGUGAGACAGUGAAAAGGAUGGCAUUAGUUGUUUGCUUUGGGGAGAUGUUGAUUGACUUUGUUCCAACUGUUGGUGGCGUUACACUUGCCCAAGUUCCAGCUUUCCUAAAAGCUCCAGGUGGUGCACCUGCUAAUGUUGCUGUUUGUAUCUCAAAGUUGGGGGGUUCCUCUGCUUUUAUUGGCAAGGUAGGUGAUGACCAGUUUGGCCAUAUGUUGGCUGACAUUUUAAAGAAUCACAAUGUUGACAAUUCUGGCAUGCGGUUUGACCCAAGUGCAAGGACUGCAUUGUCCUUUGUUACACUCACUGCUGAAGGUGAGCGUCAGUUCUUGUUUUACCGCAACCCUAGUGCUGAUAUGCUUCUUCAGAAAUCAGAACUUGACAUACAUCUUAUUGAAAAGGCCGUCAUUUUCCAUUACGGUUCAAUUAGUUUGAUUGAAGAGCCCUGUAGGUCAACACAACUUGCUGCUAUGGAUAUUGCUAAAAAUUCAGGUUGCAUACUGUCGUAUGAUCCAAACCUGAGGCUGCCCUUGUGGCCUUCAGCUGAUGCUGCUCGAAGUGGAAUAAUGAGUGUCUGGAACCAAGCAGACGUUAUAAAGAUAAGCGACGAGGAAGUUUCAUUCUUGACUCGAACUGAUAAUCCAAAUGAUGAAGAUGUGGUGUUAAAGAGGCUUUUCCAUCCUAAUCUGAAAAUUUUGCUUAUAACAGAAGGUUCAGCAGGUUGCAGAUAUUACACCAAGGAAUUCAAAGGAAGAGUCGAUGGAAUUAAAGUAAAAGCUGUUGAUACAACUGGUGCCGGUGAUGCGUUUGUUGGCGGAGUACUCAAAUGUUUAGCUUCUGAUGCAAAUCUUUAUCAGGACGAGAAGCGGUUAAGGGAGGCUGUAGUUUUCGCCAAUGUGUGUGCUGCCCUGGCAGUGACAGGGAGAGGAGCUAUCCCCUCCCUACCUACAAUAGAUGCAGUUCAACAUGCUCUACAGACAGAAUAUCAAGUUUGAUUCUCAUCAUGUUGUAAACUUCCAUCUACUUUGCUAAAACCACAGUACCUGAUUCCCCCUAUGAUCCACUCCAACAUUCGAACAAAGUAGCGCAAAACACACACUGUAUCAGAAAGUUUUAGAACAAAAUAAUGAUUAUAUUUUUGAAUUUUCAACAUGUCAUUAUACUCUGUUAUAUAGAUUUUCUACAUCCGUAUA